CGGGGCUGGUAGUCCCUGGGGAGGGAAGGGAAGGGCAGGGCAUUCCGGCCGGCUGGGCGGGCGGAGUGCGGAGCCAUGGACAAGCUGAAGCGGGUGCUGAGCGGCCGCGACGCGGAAGAGCCGAGCGGCCUGGCCGAGGUUAUCGAUGCGACUUCCUUAGGCUGGGGCGCCCGAGUGAAAGGUUUCAUUGCCUGUUUUGCGAUCGGAUGCCUGUGCUCGAUCUUGGGUAGUUGUCUGCUAUGGAUACCAAAGAAAGGGCUGGUUCUCUUUGCAGUGUUUUAUACCCUGGGGAAUAUUGCAUCCAUUGGGAGCACCAUGUUUCUUAUGGGACCAAUGAAACAAUUGAAGCGGAUGUUUGAGCCUACACGUUUGAUUGCUACUAUUGUUAUGCUAUUUCAGACUGACUCUUCUUUGAAGUACACAGGUUUUUUUUUGUCUCUGCAACUUUCCUGUUUGCUCCUGUUGUGCCUCAUACUAACACUGUGUUCUGCUUUCUGGUGGCGUAAGGCAGGACUUGCACUGCUUUUCUGCAUCUUACAGUUUUUUGCCAUGGCAUGGUACAGCAUUUCCUUCAUACCAUAUGCAAGGGAUGCUGUGAAGAAAUGUGUUUCAGUCUGUCUGUCCUAACAGGAAUACUGGGUGUCUGACGAAGUUCUAGGUAGAACUGUGUUGGAUCACUGUGUUGUGUAGUCUCCUACUUCUGUCUUCAACACGUGCCUUUCAGCUGCUUGUUAGAAGCUCCUUGUGUUAUACCCAGCAUCUGCAUGCAUUGUAAGCAAUGGUGUCUGUGGGACAGGGGGCUUGUGAUCAAAUGAAAUUCAAUUUGGCAGAAGAACUGGGCAGAGGUCCACAAUUUGUUAUGGUGAUUCUUGCAUAAAUUCAUGCAUUUGGUUUUGCAAAAGUUUCAAAGUAAUGUGUGAAUUCUGUAAAGUGAAAAUCUUGGCUCUGGUGGGACUGUGCCAGUUCUGGAGUUGAAAACUGAUUUCUUACCAACAACUUGUUGUUUUUUUUUAAAUAGCCUUAUGUCACUUAAUCUUUGCACUGUUUGCCUUAGAUAAUGAAAUAUUGAUAUUCUUUCUUUUCCUAUCUCUCUUGAAAAAUUUUAGUUUUAUGAGAUUUCUAAAAGAUGUAAUGCUAAAACUAAACACGGUUUUGGACUAACCAUGAAAUGUUUGCAUCUUUAAUGAAAUACUUAAUUCUCAGUCCAUACUGAUACUCUUUCCUUAAAAUACAUGAAAGGGACAUUUUCAUCUGAAAAAUCUUGUUCCUGUUGGAAAAGCAUUCGUAAAAUAAGGUCCAUUGAUUUUUCAGCUACCAGGAACCUGUUCUUUUCCUUGCUCAUGGUUGCAAGGUAGGAAGCUGACAUUUUUCACACGAAGUGAGGUGCUUCUCUUCCAGCUGUAGAAUAAGAGCAAUGCAAAGGGCGUGGUAGGCAAGCAAUAAAAUAAUUUAUGUAUGUCCUUUCUCAAAGGACAAACUGUCAUAAGGUAGAAGUGGGUUAUUGUUUUUAAGCAGCCUAGGUCAGGGAGACGACAUUUUCUUCUGAACUUGUAAAUAAGUUAAAACUCCAACAUUUAUCUUUGUUUCUUUGUAAGUAGAAUCAGUUUUCUUUCUGCUAAAACUCUUGCACACACCAGUGAACUUCUCCGCAUGGAGGAGAAAGCACAAUAUUCUGUUGCCUGUGGUAGCAAGGAAGGCAUGAAAUAAUCCCUCUGCCAGCUCCAAACAAGUGCUGAGUGGUCUGUAUCCAAAUUCCAAGGCCACUCUGUUCUCUUCAUCUUCUGAGCUAUAUAUAAUCAUUUACUCCCAUGGCAUUGCAGUGGUCAGUUUAAUAUCUGAGCACAGAUACCUGAUUCUGCUGUGUGAGAUAAUGUUUAACUACUUUCCCCUUUCCUCUUACCAAACUGUCUUGCUGAAGCCAGUGUUUAAGAUUAUGGUUUUCCAGUGCACUCUAGUGGAAACUGAAGCAUCUCUUCCUCAAUCUACUAAGAGUUUAGUUGUUUAAGAGCAUUGUGUUUGUAUGGCAAGUGUAUCCCUGACUUGUACCACAAAGACUUUAAUGCAAGAAAAAUCUGGAUCUACCUGGCUGUGAAGUAUAAGCUCACAGUUUAGGCUAAUACUUCUAUGGCUUCCAGAAAGUUACUAAGAAAUUAAUUGAUCCAAAAUUUUAAAUUUAAGUGUCCUUCUGAUAAUUUAUAAAGCUCAGUACCAUCCACCUGUAAGGAUCCUCCAGAAAAAAAAUAAUUAAAGAUUCCCUUUGUAGAUGGUAUCAAAGGGAGAUUUUGAUAAGCGUUCUGUGGAUUCUAGGUGCCAGAAUUACUGCUGAAAAGGAAUUUGAAUGGAAAAUGCCACCUUGGAAAGAUGUCACUGAUGUUGGAAUGAAACAGUUAUGCAGAUUCAAGUACUGCGUCCUGGUGCUUUUUUGCCUCCCAGGAUUUAGAAGUCAGUGUUGAAAUAAAUAUGUUGACUAUUAAUCUUCUUGAAAAGAUGAUUUGAUUAAAUACCCAAGAGAGACUGGGAAUUAAAGAAAACUGAUCCUCUUUUCCCUGACUGAUCUAAGACAAGUGUCUAAACUGAUGUGUGUCUUUUUUUAUCAGGGACUAAGUUCAAAACCUAAUUUACAUCAGUCAAAGGACCUAUGCCAGUCUUUUCUUAGGGCUUUGAUAAUGUUUACAGAAUUCCUUUUGUGUAAGGGAAAUUGAAAUGCAAUGCUCAAACCUUUUACAUUCCAAUAUUCCUUUAAUUUUAUAAUCUCCGAAUGUCACUGAAAAAAGCUACAAGCACAGUAUACAUUGUUUCUCCUUCCCCUCUCCAGUUAAGUUAUGUUAACUCUGAUCAUCAUUCCAGGUUCAGCAGCCACGAUAACAGAAUUUGACUUUUGGGAUUCUUUUUUUUGAUUACUUUAGAUUAGGAGGAGUACAUACCUUUUGCUUAUUCCUUGGCUAGCUUGGGCAGGGUUCUGGUAGCCUGACUCUCUGGCAGUUCUUUUGGAAGAACAGUACAGUUGGGUAUGGUGAAUAUUAGUUUUUCAAUGUGCACUAUUUCUAGCUAACUAGAACCUUUUAGCUGGCUCUUGUGAACACAACCAAUUAGAAGUAGGAAAUUUAUGAAAAUACCAGUAGAGAGCACAUAAAUGGAUUUUUGUCCUUUCCCCCUCUCGUCUCAGUUUAAAACUGUAAUUCCAGCUUCACAGCCUUUUAUGCAGGAAGAGAGAAGAACAAACCUUCAUUUGACUGCACAGCACAUGAGGCUAGGCAAUUGUGCCCUUACAGGAAGUGAACUCAAGGGAAGAUGGCAAGGACAGACACAAGGAUCACAAGAGUGCCACUGGGGUUUAUUCAAGAGUUGCCCUUUAGUGUUUUAUUCUGUUCCUCAGGACAUCAGACAGUAGGAGAGACUUGCCAUAUUCUUGCCAAUAUGUGAAAUGUACUCAGGGUUUGUUGCUUCAUCUUCAAGCAGUUUUUAUUUAAAGUAGCUCUCCCAGAACAAAACUCUUUAGAUUCUUACUCACUUUCAAAUAGUUGUAGUGACACUGUUUACAAGUUUAUCAGCAAAAGAAAUUUCCCUUUUAUUGAAGUAUAUUUUAUAUGACUUUUACAUAACUAGGGAGUAAACUAUAUGAAUAAACUAUAUGAAUAUUCCCUCUUGAGUAGUUUUAAAUCUGAAUUAGAUUAUAUCAUUAUACCUUUUUUUUGGUCAUUAAAUCUACUUUGUGUUACAUUUUGAUAUCAUCAACUUUGGUUAUCUGCUUGGCAGGAAGCAUGGUGAGUAUUUCUGAAGAUUUCCAUCUCACUGUCCUUGAGGGCAGGAAUGUGUGUUGGUGUGUUGUGUGCACUUUACUGUGAAUAGAGAGCUUCUGGUUGGAAUCACAAAGCUCCUUCCUUCCCAAAGUCCUUGCUCAGUUGCUUACAGCUCUUAACUCAAGGCUGACUUCCCUAAGGAAACUUCUUUGGUGUUGGGUGCCCAUCUCAGUAGGAUUUGGUGUUCUAAAAGAAAGUG